UUGAGAGAGACCUAAGGGAGAAAUAGAAAAUUAUAUUCGUAUGAUGGGAAGAGAGAUAGAGAUAAUAAUAUGUGAACAAGAAAAUGUCAAUAAAGAUACGAAAUAUGAGCUUUUCACAAAGAAGACGUUGUGAUAUAUUUUAAAAACGUGAGAUAUGUAUAUACGAACAGAGAUGAAAUUUAGUGGACAUACUAUUAGAGAUAUUCUAGGAUAUUAUUGUGAUAUAAUUUAGGAAACAUAUCUUAUGCAAAAGAUAUGGUAGAAUAUUGGGUUUGUUAGUUAACCUAGUAGUAUAUAUAUUUGUAUUGGCCGUGAAUAUCAAUGAGAAGAAUACAGAGUAUAUUUACAUAAUUUUCUCUGAUUUAACAUGGUAUCAGAGCCUUGUAAAGGUCUAAAUUUUUUUUAAUUGUGUUCAAUUUUCAUAAUUGACACACGAUUGUUUCUGGGUGUGUGCAUCUGUUGCUUUGCCAAAUUAUUUUUUUUCCAUUGCGUUGUUAAGAAGUUGUGAGCGAUGACUGGUGGUGAAGGCUCAGGUGGCGAUGGAGGCAAAAGUGGUGAUGGAGGCAAAGCUAAGGUGGACAUGACUUAUUACCUAGGUUCAAGUGAUGGACCUGGAAACAUAAUUACUCCGGUUCAACUUCGGGGUGAGAAUAUGAUGAGUGGGCGAGGGCAAUUAGAACCUCGUUGAAGGCCAAACGCAAGUACGGGUUUAUUGAUGGAUCCGUCAAGAAACCGACGAAUGCUGACAAACUAGAUGAUUGGGUGGAUGUUCAUGCGAUGUUGGUGGCUUGGAUUACAAAUACCUUGGACUCAUCGGUGAGAGCUACGAUUGGUGAGUAUGAAGAUGCGCAAUUAUUGUGGACGAACCUUAAAAAUCGUUUCUGCGUUGUUAGUGGGACUCGCAUAUGCCAACUCAAAUUGUCUCUGGGUGAGUGCAAACAAACUGCAUCCGAGAGUAUUGCGGCAUAUUUUGGCAGAAUUACAAAGAUUUUUGAUGAAUUGCAUACUUACAUUACCGUGCCUCAUUGUUCUUGUGGUGCGUGUACAUGUAAUAUCGUGGCACAGGUCGAACGGUUGCGUCAGGAGGAUUUAAUUCACCACUUCUUGAUUGGUCUCGACGAUGCAUAUGCUUCUCUUAGGGGCCAACUUCUAUCCCAAGAUCCCCUGCCUUCGGUGGAUAAAGCAUACCAGCAACUAGUCCAGGCAGAACGCCUCCGUGGUGGCAGUGGUGAUUCGGCAGUGGCUCGUGAAAACCCAAUGGCCUUCAAGCUGCAACAUGAACCUGCCUCCAAGCCGCAACGAUCAAGUGAUAAUUCGGAGAAAUUUUGCAAUCACUGUAAUCGGGUUGGGCAUGAUAAGACAGGAUGCUUUCAAAUUCAUGGUUAUCCCUCAUGGUGGGGCAAUCGUGGGCGUGGAGGUCGAGGAAGGGGUCGAGGAGAUUCCGGAGGGAGCAAUAGUGGUGGACGCGGGGGUGGGCGUGGCAGUGGGCCUGCUGCCCCUGUGCGUGCUAACAAAGCAGCAACACAAUCCACCGUGCAGCCGGGUGGUGCUACGACAGAUGAUGGGGCUGCGCUUGCGGGGGUCACACCGACUCAAUUACAGCAGCUCUUAGAUCAUCUUUCCUCUAUGAAACCUAAGCUUCAUGGACCUAAUGACGAGGAAGGUGAUUGGAGCGGGUGAACGAGUGGAUGGACUAUAUUAUUUCCGAGGUGUUCCAAAAGUGAAGGCUUUGAAGCUAGAAAAUGGUCGAACGACAGAAUUGUGGCAUCAACGUUUGGGGCAUCCUUCGGGAAAGGUUCUACAAAACAUCUCCCUUUUAUGAGUAGUUCUAAGAGUCUUAAGAACAAAUCAUGUGAUGUAUGCCCUAGGGCAAAACAACAUAGAAGUAAUUUUCCUAUUAGCAUAAAUAGAGCGAGUCGUUCCUUUGAACUUGUUCAUGUUAAUUUAUGGGGACCAUACAAGACUCCAUCAUCUUGUGGUUCACAUUAUUUUUUAACAAUUGUUGAUGAUUUUUCAAGAGGAGUGUGGACGUAUUUAUUGCGUAAUAAAACUGAGGUUGAAUUGAUGUUUCUGAAUUUCGUUGCUU